UGCACUUCCAACACAGAUAAUACCAAACAUUCUAUAUUUUUACUCGAAUCUUUCACUAACACAGAGACAUGGCACAAAUUCUUAGGCUCUCUUGCUUUCUACUUUCUCUUCUCCUCUUAACGCUGGUUCAGGCUAAGCAUCCCCUCCUUCACCGACGCUCCCGAGCUAGAGCAUUUAUUGAGUUACAAUGUCAAACCACGCUCUAUCCUCGUUUAUGCGUCCGAAGUUUGUCGCCCUAUGCUAGCAACUUCACUACAACUCUAAGUCAUCAACAACUAGCUCAGAUCGCUCUCAAGGUAACCCUAGCCAGGGCGGAAUCGACACGGGCCUAUGUGACUGGAGUGGCUAAAUGGCUCAACCAAACCAAGGCCAAGGAUUACCAAGCCGUGGAAGAAUGUCUGGAUCAAAUAAACGAUGGGGUGGAUCAGCUUACAAACUGCAUCAAAGAAACUCAAAAGAUUAAGGAAGAUGGAGAAGCUAGUGACUUCCCAUGGCAUGCAAGCAAUGUCGAGACAUGGAUGAGCACCGCCCUAACUGAUGCAGGCAUGUGCAUAGACGGGUUCUCCGGCCGGGCCAUUGGGGGCAAGACAAAAGCCAUGAUCAAAGCCAAGGUUCUUAAUCUUCAACAGGUUACCAGCAAUGCUCUGGCCUUGUUCCACAGAUUUGCUGCAAGGUUUAGAUCCUCCCAUGUCAAGAAACCUAAAGUACUCUAGGUCCUUAAUUUUGGACAACUGAAGUUUGUUUUGCUUUUAUUGAUUUAUUUGAUUGAUCUGUUUGUUGUCGCCUGGCAAUUCACAUAUGUAAGAAAAUUUGUGAAUAUAAAAAUUAAGUUUUUGGGACUUUUCCAUAUCUACAUGUUAAA